AUGGAAAAUAUUAUUCAACAAAAUCCAAUUUUAUCUCAAUCGAAUCAAGAUUCACGAUUAAAUCGUUCAUUAGAAACAAGUCAAUUUGUUGCGGUUGCUGCAUCUAUUAAUUUAAAAAAUCUUCUUUCUUAUCAAGAUGUUAUGAAUGCAAUUGAACGUGAUUAUCAUUUACAUGAAGGACAAAAACGUGAAAUAAUUAUGAAAUUAUGGUUAAAAGGACAAACAAUGAUU